GAUAAGGUUCACUCAAACGGAACAUCAGACCAAAUAUCAAGAAGGAGUCCUGGAGCUCAACCUGCAGGGUCAACGUGUGCAGGGAAACGACUCUGCAGAUGCGCUACAGUGUGUCUGGGUCUGCUGUGUGUUCUCCUGCUGACAGCCCUCAUAGUGCUGAGCGUUUACUAUAAAAAAAGUGCUGAGGACACUGAGGUCCAGCUCAGUGCUCUCAAAGGUGAAAUAGACCAGUUGAAAAGCAAUUAUCGUGACUGCAUUGCAAAGCAAAUCUGCCCCCAGGGGUGGGUAGGUUUCGACACUAGUUGUUACUACAUCUCCAGUGAGGAGAAGAAUUGGACCGAAAGCCAGCAGGACUGUGAACAGAGAGGGGUUAAUCUGGCGAUCAUCAACAGCAGAGAGGAACAGGAAUUCAUCAACACGUUCAACAAGAGAAUCUGGAUUGGACUGACAUACAGAGACGAGGAAAGGUCUUGGAAAUGGGUGGAUGGCACAGAGCUGACCGUAAUGUUCUGGAGAUCUGGGGAGCCCAAUGAUGCAGGUGGAAAGGAGAACUGUGUUGAGAGUAAACCAGAAUCCAACUCACUGAUGACAUGGAAUGACCUGGAAUGCACUCAGGAACAUUACUGGGCAUGUGAAAGAGACCUUGACAGGUCUUGAAACCAAGAGUUUCAUAUCUAGAAGUCAUGCGGUGAAGAAGCUGG